AUGCCCAUAUCUGAAAUCGACGACAUCUUUGCAGCAAAGCGCUCUCUUGCGACCUCCUCAUCUACCUCACACACAGUGAAGAAGAGUAAAAAGCGUCGUAGAGACCAUCCUACUAACGACCACCAUGAACCACCCUCCAAGAAACGUGUUCCCCAGACUGUCAUCGAUCCUUCUGCCACGAACCGCAUAAACCAGACCAAGCGUAGUGAUAGAUCAAAUAUCAAGUCAUUCAAAUCGGGAAAAGGCUCCAAAGCUGACGAGGAGCGCUUUAAAGAUUCCCGAGGUUCUGGACCUCGACGCAAAACUGAGGAAGGUUGGUCCGUAUACAAAGAAGACGAGCUUGGAAUGAUUAAUGAAGGAGGAGAUACUCCUUCGUGCCCCUUUGACUGCGACUGCUGUGAGUCAUUUUAUUAA